GUCGGCUAUAUUUGUUUCACCACCUUGAUACGUGACGCUCUGCUCCCUCACGACUGAUGUAAAAAUGCUUCACUGAGAGGUUGAUCCCUGGGAUGGAUAAAGGUUUUAACAACGAACAUCCUUGUACCAAAAGCAGGAAAUCGGGGUUGAUCCGAGCAUCUCGUCUUGGCCGUAUAAAAAUAGAGGUGGGCAGGUUUCCCCAUCACACUGGCUGCAGACACCUCAGAGGACAAUGGCUCAGGAUAGAGGACUGAAGUUUUCACUGAUGGUGUGUUUGUUUCUGGGAGCCUCCUCAUUCAUUUGGUCCCUGGCGCCCGCAGCAGCAGCCUUUCAGCUCCCUCGCUGCCAGCUCCUCAACCAGACAAUAUCUCUAGAGAAGAGGGGCUGUUCUGGCUGUCACAGAGUGGAAACCACCAUCUGCAGCGGGUACUGCGCGACCAAGGAUCCCAACUAUAAGACAUCAUAUAACAAAGCAAUCCAGCAUGUGUGCACUUAUGGGGAUUUGUACUACAAGACAUUCGAGUUUCCUGAAUGUGUGCCCGGAGUUGACCCAGUUGUCACCUACCCCGUUGCCCUGAGCUGCCGCUGUGGAGGCUGUGCCAUGGCCACAUCCGACUGCACCUUCGAGAGCCUUCAGCCUGACUUUUGCAUGAAUGACAUCCCGUUUUACCACUAGCCAUGUGUAAAAAAAAAAAAAAGAAAGAAAGAAAAGAAGCCUAAAUAUGACAUCAUUGAAUGUAUAAUCUUUAUGUUGUCUAGCAAAAACACAACAAAAAAA